AUAUCCUUCCCUCUUGCUCCUCCUCUGCCGGACGUGAUUCGCACGCACAAUCGAACCCCCCCUCUCUCUCCACUGGCCCCUGCCUGCUGACAGGAUUGCUCCCUGGAGAGAGAGCAUUGACUCUUUCGAGCUUCUCUUUUCUGACCUCGACCUGAAAUGGAUGGAGUCGGAAGCCUGUUGGACACCCACUCGCUCCGCCCUGCUAUAGGCCUCAACUGACCGAGCUGGCUGGCUGGCCGGCCGUUUCUUUCCACUACGCGGCCCAAGCAGACGCGCAGAGACGAACGCAAAUCCUCCGCGCCUGACAGAAACCAACGGCCCAGGGCACCGACCCCAGAUACGGGACGGAUACCGGUAGUGUGUGUGUGUAUGUGUGUGUGUGUGUGCUGCGCAUCGCGCCUCGUUCAUCCGUUCGUCCCUCCCUCUCUGAUCUCGUUAUGGUCACAGUCUCCCGUGCUCGGCCGACAAUCCAAACGUCAUUCCCUCGAACUUUUUUUAUUUUUCGUUCGGGACGGCGUGUUCCAUCAAACGCUCGACGCUCCCUCGUUCGCCUCCCUUCGACCCCAUCUCUCUCUCACUCUCUCUCUCUCUGUCUUUUCCGCGUCUGCGUCCGCGCUUCCCAUCAUCGCGUAUCCAUCCAUCUAUCCCCCAUCUCACAGACUCACCCCAGUCAUCCGUGCAUGGUAUGCCAUUGCACCCCCGGGCAAUAUCAAGCGCAUUCACGCACACCACACACCAUUACACUCCCUGCAUCUACGGAGGUCGUCUACGCUGCACACCCCUGCUGCCACCUUCGGCGUACCCUAGCCUGGUCAGUCGUGUCACAGCCCACGCUCCUCUCGUCCAAUCGCCCAUUCCUCCCGAGCUCCAGAGGCUCCACCCGGCAUCUCUGGGCUUGCUGAGCUGGCCGCCCACCUCUUCAAAGACAUCCCGGUCCUCUCCACUCGCCUUGGCUGAAAUCAAUCCAUCUUCUGCCGCCGAUUCCCACGCUACCACUAUUUUGCUACUUCGCUACUUCCACUACUUUACUUGCUCCUCCUCACUGCCUGUUGCCGCUCGCUCGCCUAUUACAUCUUGUCUACCCUCUCUCUCCCUCGCGUGGUAUCGUGCCUGAUAUCCCCUCUUUUCUUUUCAUCCUUCCGCUGCCAUAAGCCAUAUUUCACUCACACGCUCACAAACACAACGCGCACAUACC